CGCCGCGAUGGCUCAGGAGAAAAUGGAGCUGGACCUGGAGCUGCCGCCGGGGAGCGCCCCGGCCCCGAGCGACGGGGGCGGCCUGAGGAGAUCCAACAGCGCCCCCCUCAUCCACGGCCUCAGCGAUAAUUCACAGGUGUUCCAGGCUAAUGUUUUGCGAACCCGCAGGAACAGUACGACAGUUAUGAAUCGUCAUAGUCUGUUGUUGCCAUCAUCUCCUGUUCGUAUUCCUAGCAGCCGCCUUCAUCAAAUCAAACGGGAAGAAGGAAUGAGUUUGAUGAACAGAGAAACAGUACAUGAACGGGAAGUGCAAACAGCGAUGCAGAUGAGCCAGUCAUGGGAGGAAAGCUUGAGUCUGAGUGACAGUGAUUUUGAGAAAUCAUCAUCCCCCAAGCAAGUAGACUUUGUCCCAGUUUCUCCAGCUCCUUCCCCCACCAGAGGAAUAGGGAAGCAAUGUUUCUCACCGGCUUUGCAAAGUCUGGUUAGUAGCAGUGGGUUACCUCCAAGUCCUAGCCCUAGUCCAACCAGGCGUUUCUCAAACAGGAGAAGCCAGAGUCCUAUCAACUGCAUUCGCCCAAGUGUUCUUGGGUCAAUAAAAAGAAAAGGUGAAAUGGAAACAGAGGAUCCACCAAAGAGAUUUUUCCAAGGAACUCCCAGCAUGCUUUUGCCUGAAGUGUCUCAUCUGACAGACCUUGGGGCAUGUUUGUCUUCCCAUACUCUUGAUGACAAUAGAAACAGCGCUGGAUCUUCCUGUGAUUCACCAGGUGACGUUGAUACCACCACAGAUUCUCCAGCCUCACUUCCUGACUCCAGAUCUCCAUUUCUACCAGUAGAUCUUACAGCUAAGUGACCUAUCGAUUGAGAAACUUUAGUCCCCCGAGUGGCAAAAACAAGCUGGAGAGCAAUAAACCUUUCUACAAUGUGUGACUGAGUUUCUUAUGAUCCUGUUCCUCAUAGGAACUUUCAGAAAUGUCUUUUAUUUCUAGAAAACUUCCAUUAUAAUUCCUUGAGGAAGAAUUCACGUUUAUAGUGAUUUGAAUGACAUUUACUAAAAACAGUAAGCAUUUGAACUGUGAACGUGUUCUAAGAUAUUUUGUGUCUGUACACAUGUUGUCGAUUUACAACAGAUGCUGUGUGGCUGAAGUUACAAGGGGGGAAGCUUGGCAUUUUAAAGCUACGUGCUUUCUGUUCUCACUAGUUUAGAAUGGUGCUGUUCUAGGUUUCAAAUAGCUGCCUUUAUUGGAUUCUCUCUCCUCUGUCCAUCUAAUCCCAACUGAUCAGUUUAUUGAUGUUUAUUCAUUUUAUUCCCUGUGGAUUAAGUAUUUAAUUUGCUGUUUUUAAAAAUGUAAAUGGUAUUGUUGAUAGAUAAUUGAAGCUUGAGUCCAUGAUGUUGGCUAUUGAUCAAGUUUACAUUUGGAUUAAGUAUGAAAAGAGCAAGUGAGCAUGAGUUACCAGCUUACGUUCACAUGUCACAUUAUAUUUGGAAUCAUGAUUGCUGGCAUGAUUAAACGCAAGCUUAACGUGGGGGACGUUAUUUGCCAGGGUAGUCAGCUUCCUUUUUCUCUGACUGACUAGUGAUGGAUACUUGGCGAAAGAUUCUUCUGUAGGAAAAUAGCAGUCGUAUUUUAGAGCAGUGUAUUAAAUCCCAAAGCCCUGAAUGAAAUGCUUCAGAAGAAAGGACCGGGCAGUGUUUAAGCCCAAACAUUGGAGAGCGUGAGAGCAGUGAGCAAGCGACCCUUAGAAUACAUGCAAACCGAAGGGAUCAAACAUGAGCGGUGAACUCUAUGUGAAUGCAAAACAAUCUUUAACUUCUGUCUAUGAAUAGCAGCCCAGUAGAUGUAUUAACAUGUAGAUCUAUUAACUAUUCCUCAAUAACAUGGCAUGAACUGAUUUUUCUGGUGCAGUAAACUUAAAAGAAUGGUUAAAUGUAGAAUCUAGCAACCCAGGAGCAGAUUGCAGGAUUCCUAUAAUAGGUUUAAAAAAAGACAGUCUAUCCGGAGGUAGUCUGAUCUCAACAGUAAAAGAUCCCCAGGUAUCUGCUAUCCUCACAUAGCUUGAUGUAGUGAAGUUUUGUUUUGUUCCCUUCCCGAGUGUUAAGGCCACGGUGCGUUGUGGGAAACGAGCAGUGAAUAUAGGGAGGCUUGUCGACAAGCUGGUGGUAUUGCAGUUCCCCAUCAUUGUGGCUGAUUCAUGCACAAAAACUUUGACAGGGCAGAGGCGGCACACAAGAAGGAAACUGAAGUUGGGAAAUAUGAAGAUCUGUGAUGAUGGAGGACUGAAGAUUUAUUUCCGUUCUUCUCCUGUAAUAAUUACAUAUAGUAUUUAUCUCAUGGUCUCUUAGCUGCAGCGCGACAACACAGUUUAUUAUAGACUCUUCAUGCUUCCUUAUUACACAAUUCACUUUUCUAGUGUCUGACGCUUGCUUUCCCGCCUUCCCAAUUACAGACAAGCAAAACUUUAAUAGCUAUUUUCUCUUUAAUAUAUAGUAUAACUUUAUUUUGUAAUAUCAAACAUGCCAAAGACUUAUUUUGUAUUCAUUGUCUUCUGCAGUGGGGACACGACUAUAGAUUUUUAUGCUUAUCUUGUUUUUUCACAGAUGGACCUUUUUAUGUCUCUGUUCCAGUCCUUUUUAAAAGAUGCAUGAGCAAAAGGCAAUGACAACAGUUGUAUUGUAUGUGGGGUCAACAUGUCUUUUCUCUGUUAAAUAUUUAUGCUGGUUUUGCAAAUAAGUGCCAAUAAAGAAAAUUAGAGAAAAUAAGGAUGG